CAGACACCUAACUUACUUUUCCUACACAUAAACCAGGGCUGACUUGGAUGUUGGGUGAAUGUCAGGGCUGGGGGAAUUCAGGCCCCAAGUUUCCAACCAAAGCAAUAACCCGUUUCAACCCUGGCUCCAUCCCGUGGCGAUACACGACAGUGCGAGGAACGAAAGUGGAGGAAAAGCGCCGUCUCAAAUCACUUCCACUGUACUUCAUCCGCAGCAACAGCAAUCGCCUCCCCAACAGCAAAUCCCAACAAUAAAAUAUGUCGUGACACAACCGCCAAGGAGAUACCCCAUAUCUAAAGUCCCACCUCCAGUACCUGCGAGGACGAGACCAUGCGUUACUGGAAGGCAACGGCCUCCACCGCCUCCGAGGCCUCACAGGACCGAGACACCAGUAAUAAAAGAGGCUGACAUCCCACCACCGCCUCCUCCGUCGUACUCCGAGCUCUACCCCAUAACUAAUCAGACGAUCUUGAGGCGGUAUUCCCAUGGUCAAGUGCCUGAAAACAGGGAUGACACUCUCAACAAGUUGCCACCUCCGAGACCGAAUCCUCCAAACCGGAAGUUCUCCGAGGGCAACCUUCCAGCAGACAUUAACUACAAGUUCAACCAUAAAAGGAACACAAAUGUCAUACUGCCGCCGCCCAUCCAAACCGAGUAUGAGGACAUCAAAGUCGAGCCGGAGAUUCCAGAGAGGCAAGACUCGAACGUCUCGAGCGACAGCUUUUCCCAGAACUCUUCACCGAGCUACACGACGAAAAGCAUGGAAGCCCCUCUCCUUCCCCAGAUCGCGAAGGGGACCGGAGUACGGAAAAAAAAGUACGGGAGCGAAAGAGGAAAAGACCUGGGGCCAAUUAAAAUCGACAGGGACGAAACCGUGCCCAACGAUCCGAACACUUCACCGAUAACAAAAAGCCAUUCGACACCGGCCAGUUUACAGACAAUUGUCAGAUUCCAUAAUGGAUCCAACAUGUCCCUCCACCACAGGCAGAUAAUACGAGACAUGAGGCGUCCGUCCAACCAUUACAUUACAAGCGGAAGAUUGAGAUUCCAGUUUGUCCAAGUAAUAUUCAACGCACUCGCCAUUAUGGCCAUUGCGGGUGGUGUUGCCCUUUAUUUCAAAGCAUAUCCACCAACAGUGAGAUACGUAAAUCGUACAGUUACAACUACAAAAAACACAUUUAUACCACAGCAAGAUAUCAACCCUGCACCAGGUCUGUGUGUACCUGUCAUAGUGAAAUUCUGCCUCCAGCAUGGUAUACCAUACAAUUUCACGAUGUUCCCCAAUUACAUCGGUCAUUUCAACCAGAGAGAGGCCUCCCCUGAACUAGAAGUUUAUGAAGCGGUGGUAGACGUCAAGUGUUACGAGCUCGCGCCGCUGUUCUUAUGCUCGGUCUUCAUCCCGAAAUGCGGCCCGGACGGACGUUUGGUCAGGCCCUGCAAAAGCCUAUGCUUCGAAACGAAGAGACGAUGUGGGUUUUUCUUGGAGGUUUUUGGCCUUACAUUGCCUGAUUACCUCGACUGCGAAUUAUUCCCUGAGUCCGAAGAUCCUGAUACAUGCAUUGGCCACAAGGAGGUGAUAGUGGCCGAUUUGAAACAACAAAGACCAGUUUGCUCCAGUGGCUUUCAGUGUGAUGUGAAAAGAUGCAUUCCUGCCGACUGGAGGUGCGAUGGCCACGUCGACUGCGAAGACCAAUCGGACGAGCUCAACUGCAAAGAUUGCGCUGCAGGGAUGAUUCAUUGCGGGGCGAAUCAGUGCAUAGCGCAAAGUCAUAUGUGCGACGGUGAAAUUAACUGUCCGAAAGGCCAAGACGAAAGGAAUUGCAUGCGAUUGAGUGAGAGGAUGGGAGAUGAAGGUCACGGAAAGCUUGAAAUCUUUCAGCCAGAUCUUCAAAGUUGGAGGCCCGCUUGUGUUUCUAACUGGGCCGAUUUGUCAGCCAAAGCCAUCUGCAAUUUUCUCGGCUAUGCUGAUUCCAACUCGAGUACACUAUCGCUGAAAGGAAAAGAGGGCUUCACUCCAUCAAGAAGUUCCAAAGUUCUUGACCCUUCUUUAAUGUGGAGGACAAAAAGUAGAAAAAAGAGGAUGUUCUUGCUCAAAGAGCUCAGGAAUUGUCCAAGGACAGAGGCCUACCCUACUGUCGACUUAUCGUGUACAAAUAUAAUCUGUGGCCAAAGAAGACAAGUGCUGCAACCUUCGACUCGCAUCAUCGGAGGAAAAAUUUCUAGCCCGGGAGAUUGGCCAUUCCUGGCGGCACUUCUUGGAGGACCAGAACAAAUUUUCUACUGCGCUGGCGUUUUGAUAUCCGACCAAUGGGUCCUCACGGCAUCUCACUGCGUUGGAAAUUUCAGCCAUGGAGAUACAUCGGGUUGGACAAUCCAAUUGGGCAUUACAAGGCGUCAUGCACAUUCCUACUUUGGGCAGAAGGCCAAAGUUAAACGAGUCGUGCCUCAUCCACUUUACAACAUUGGAAUCCCUCAUGACAACGACGUGGCAUUGUUUCAGCUUCAACAGCGUGUGACUUUUCAUGAACACUUACUUCCUGUAUGUCUCCCUUCUGAGGGUGAAGACCUUGUACCUGGGACGUACUGCACCGUCAUAGGAUGGGGAAAGAGGGAGGAUACAGACUUAUCGGAAUAUGAGGCAUCUGUAAAUGAAGUGAAAGUGCCUGUAUUGAAUCGUACCGUAUGCAAUAAAUGGCUUGAACCAAGAGACCUGAAUGUGACACAAGGAAUGAUAUGUGCAGGAUAUGAGGCCGGUGGUAAAGACGCCUGUCAGGGUGACUCAGGUGGGCCAUUGUUGUGUCCAAUGCCAGGAAAUCCUGACAGGUGGUUCGUUGGAGGAAUCGUCAGUUGGGGAAUCAAAUGUGCACAUCCAAGGCUACCUGGUGUAUAUGCUUAUGUACCACGUUAUGUACAAUGGAUAAGACAGCAAAUGGCACUAUUUUCCGAUUUGUAAAUGAUGCAUUGACUAAUAUUUGUCAUUGAAGAAAAGGAUAUAAAGUAUGCUUAAGAUAUUUAUUUUAUGGAGAUAAAAUAAUAUAUUCUUCAAAAGGCGCAUUUAACAACACUGAUUUUCUCAUAAAAACUUAGUAAAAAAAAAUUGCAUCAAGUAAAACAAAAAUCAAUUAAAUUGUUGAAAAGGAAAAGUAUUAUAAAAAAUCAUAUCAAAAUGUUUUGAUGAUGAUCAUAUAUGAUCUUUAUUUUCAAAACAUAUCAUACAAUAUUUUCAAUUUGCUAUUUGAUACAAAAUCUUAAGAUUUAUAAGAAAUACAACCCAAAAAUUUGGCACGUAAAUUAAAUGAAUUCGUCCUGAAUUUGAGUUGGCCAAUUUUAUCAAAGAGUACAAUGAAACAAAAUGGCAAUAUUAAUUAGUAAACAAAGACAAUAAAAUCAUUAAAGAAACGACAAUAAAAGUAACAAAGUUCAUUUAAAAAAAUAAACAUUUUUCAAAUAAAGAUGUGACAUUUAACAAUAAUGCAGUAAAAAAAAAGAAUUUACAAAAUAAACUAAUAAAUAAUUUAUGUGUUACAUAAAAAGUAGCUAAUUAAAAGUUAAAAUAGAAUUGUAAAGAAUAUUAUGUUUAAGGCUUUUAGGACAUGUACUCCUAAAAGAUACUGCAAAUGACAAUAAAUUUAUGUGCAUUAAUUUUUAAGAAAAAAGUUGUCGCCUGCAAAGUUUCUAAUUUUAGAGAGAGAAAAGGUCUUCCAUCACAGAAUGUUUUGAAUAUAUAAAAUAUAUUUUAAAAAGACAAGUUUGUAUUGAUACCGGGAAAGAGGGGAAACUUUGCAAUGUUGUAAACAAUAUUGGUGUAAACAAUAUUGGUGUUAGGUUUUCCAUUUGUGGUAGUGGACAAUAAUUUCUCUGUGUAACUUCCAUUUUGACAAUAUCUAAUUGAAUAUCUUAGGUUUAAUGUGCAGAUAAAAAAAAGCUAUUAUAAAGAAAAAUUAGAUUAAAAAAUAAUCGUUUUCAAAACUUGUUAAAAAAAAAAGUACAAGUAUGAUAUUAAGUUCUUAGGCACUUUUGGCAGUGUUGCUCAUGUUGAAUAAACAAACUGCAGCCAUGGAACUGUUUUCCAUUGAAGCUAAUAAUGGAUUAAGUGCCAAAGAGCAUGACACAAAAAGAGAAAUAAUAAUUAAUUUUGUAGAAUUAUCAGGCUGUUACUUGUAAUAAGGGUAUCUAUGAGAAAUCUCUUUCUUAUUAAGUAAAAAUAUUUUCAUAACUUUUUUACUGAAGUAUAGAUCCUAAAGGUUGAAAUGAGAUAUCAACAUAAGAACUCUUUGCUCAUCUUUUGAGAUUUCCUAUAUUUAAACAAAAAUAAAUCAAAUCGAGGAAAGAAUAAGUUUGAAACAAUUGAAUUGUUUUCUUCUUGUGAUGC